AUGGCGGAACAUCUGUCUGAAGAGCAAAUUGCUGAAUUCAAGGAGGCCUUCUCCCUGUUUGACAAGGACGGCGAUGGCACGAUCACCACCAAGGAGCUUGGUACGGUGAUGCGCUCGCUGGGCCAGAACCCGACCGAGGCUGAACUGCAGGACAUGGUCAACGAGAUCGACGCUGACGGCGACGGUACCAUCGACUUCCCCGAGUUCCUUACGAUGAUGGCGCGUAAGAUGAAGGACACGGACAGCGAGGAGGAGAUUAAGGAGGCAUUCAAGGUCUUUGACAAGGAUGGCAACGGCUUUAUCAGCGCCGCGGAGCUGCGUCAUGUCAUGACCAACCUGGGCGAGAAGCUCUCCGACCAGGAGGUGGAAGAGAUGAUUCGCGAGGCCGACACGGAUGGCGACGGCCAGAUCAACUACGACGAGUUCGUGAAGAUGUGUGCAAUGGCGAGCAUGUAUUCGCUGCCAAACAAUAGCAGCUACGUGUCCGAGGCGCCAGGCAUGCCGCCGGCCAACGGCUACUAUGCCGUGGAACCGACGACGCCGGUGCCCAGCACGCCCGUCGCGUUCGGCGGCAUUGGAUCGCCGUCGCCGGCGUCACGGACGUCGUCGACACAUAUCCUCUCUCCCCGUGGCUCCUUUAUGGAGAGCGAGUUUGGCGACCGGCGCCGGCGCGACUCGGCGAUGCAGACGCUGCCCUACACAAAAGAAUUUGUCGACGAGUAUCGGAAGCGGAUGAAGGCCGAUCCGGACCCCGAGGCGCAGUUUGCUUUUGCGAUGUACCUCAUCGACGCGGCGAAGCGCGUCGCGGAUCCUCGGGACAGCGCGAAACAGGCGCGCAAGUACCGUGACACGCUCCUAACCGAUUCCCUGCGUCUGAUCAAGAAGCUCGCGACGAACCCCGUCGCGCCGGGCAAACCGCCGUUUGCAGACGCGCAGUUCUUCCUGGCCAACUGCUUCGGCAACGGCUCUCUCGGCCUGCCGGUCGACCAUACCAAAGCCUACCACCUGUACGUCCAGGCCUCGAAGCAAAACCACCCCGCGGCGACCUACCGCACCGCGGUCUGCAACGAGGUCGGCGCAGGGACGAAGCGAAACUACCCCCGCGGUCUCCUCUUUUACCGCAAGGCCGCGUCGCUCGGCGACACGGCCGGCAUGUACAAACUCGGCAUGAUUCUGCUGCACGGUCUCCUCGAGCAGCCUCGAAAUGCGCGCGAGGCGAUCGUGUGGCUACGCCGCGCCGCCGGGCAGGCGGACGAAGACAAUCCCCACGCACUCCACGAGCUCGCGCAGCUGCACCAGGACCCCGAUGGCAAGAUCGCGGCGUACAAUGAAGUGUACGCGCGCGACUUGUAUACCCAGGCUGCCCAGCUCGGCUACGCGCCCAGCCAGUGCAAACUCGGCGAGGCAUACGCCAGCGGGACGCUCGCGUGCCCUGCGGAUGCACGCGCGAGCAUCUCGUGGUACACCAAGGCGGCAAACAAAGGCGACGGCAAUGCGGAGCUCGCGCUCAGCGGCUGGUACCUCACUGGUGGCGAAGGCGUCUUGCAGCAGUCCGACAGCGAGGCCUAUCUCUGGGCGCGGCGCGCGGCGCUCAAAGGCAUCGCCAACGCUGAGUACGCCGUCGGGCACUACACCGAGGUCGGCAUCGGGACACGCACCGACCUCGAAGAGGCGAAGCGCUGGUACGGCCGCGCCGCCGCCCAAGGCCACGCGCGCGCGGCGCAGCGCCUCGCGGACCUGCGCCAGGCCGGCGGGCGGGCGCCGGCGCGCGAAGGAGACGGGGAUUGUGUAGUUAUGUAG